AGGCAGUCGUGAGAUGCGUACACUUGUGGCAACACAUUUGUAGAUUGUUGUUUGUCUUCAGCCUGUUCUUCUGGAUCUUUCCAAUCUGUCAUGCUGACCAGGUGAACGACUAAUACCCUCCACCUCACUUUCUCCCCUCAAACCUUCUUGCAACCACAAUACCAACAGUAUGGCUGCUCAACUAUCGCCGGAGGCAAAGGAGCUGUCACUUGUUGGCAAGGUAGAGAUGCGCAUAGCUCUUGCAGAUGGCGAUCAGAAACUCCAAACCACUCUGAACACAUAUCUCGCACCUCUGCUCCUCAAACUCGCCUCUGAACAUAUGAGCGUUCGCAACAAGGUCAUCAGCAUUUGCCAACAUAUCAACACUAGGAUAAAGCCAGAAUCUGUCGCGCUACCAGUCGCUGCACUCGUUGAACAGUUCAAAUCGAAUCCCAACAUUCCUUUAAUUCGCCAUUUUGAUCUCUUGUACAUACAGACUGGCAUUCGCCGCAUGUCAUUUGUUGAGAGCACCGCCCUCUUUCCUGUUGUCCUGCAAAGUGUCGCUUCUGCUGGCAAGACAUCACCAGCUCAUGGCUCUCAAAUGUUCAAUUUGCUGCUCCAAUUGCUGAAGUACUUCAAGCUUCCUCCAAGAGGUACAAAGGAAGACGAGGAGUUGCGUUCCACUCUUCAGCUCAGUGCUGAAGAUACCUCGUUUUUGGCGUUCUGGUUCGGGAAGUUGAUUCUGUUCUCAGUGGCCAAAGGUGGCAACACAGCUUCAAUAACUUGCCCAGGUCUCAGACCAAGCGAGUAUUCUUUCUUGACACUACAAAACAAGGCAGACGUUUGGAACCCCGCUUCUCCAAUGGGUCUUAAUCUGCUCGAGAUCAAAACCAGUGUUGCCAAAGUUCUUGCAAGUGGCAUGUUCACAGAUGCAGAGCGCGUUCUUCCCGCCUUGUUUGCCUCGACCGAGUCGACAUCGGGGAUCGGCGAAGACAUGCUGAAGAGAACACUACCUAGUAUCCCGCUUGAAGACUCAGACUUUGUCAAGUCCCUGUACACCCUGUAUUUCGGGGACGAAGGUAUUGACUCGUUGAAAAGGGUUCGAGUGCCUCUACAACUGAAGAUCCUUGGACUGUUUGCCAAAUCAACAAUCAGCACAACCUUCACCGAACAAAUCGUCAGACUCGUCAACGAUGGCAUCGCAAGCUCAGAUAGCGACAGUCCUUCUUCACUUGGAAGAGAAGCGACAAAACUUCGCGCUGCCAUCUUUGUCUAUAUCAACUUCGUUUCUCGAUUGGGUAGCGAAGAGAGUCUUUACGCCAUUGCUCCACGGGUUCUUGGAAGACUACGUGAAUACAUUGAAGGCCAGAGUUGGCCAAGAGCUAGUCAGAACGAAGAUCUUGUCUCCCGUGGCUAUGCUUACGAGGUAAUCGGACUGCUGGCCAAAGCUGGCCCGAAAGACCUGGUCGUUGAACCAAAUCUGGACAUCUUACGUUGGCUUUUUGAAUCUCUGGCUCUGGACACAGCUUCAAGCUCGGUCACUGUCAGCAUCGAGGAGUCACUCUCCAGUAUGCUCGGGGCGUUCGCAAAACACGGAGAUUUGGAGACCGCGACUAGUCUCGAGAAUCUUCUGAUCGAUCAGAUGUACAGGUCCGGAACACCCGAUCGUCGCAGCACUCGCUAUGUUGCUGUGCGAUACGCAAAUCGCUGCCUUCCUUAUGCAUCUGUAAAGGCUCGUUGGGUCAACUUACUAGCAAUUGCUGCCGAGUCCGUCGACCGCCAAGAAGUCACCGAGGAGGGCAGACGUGGACUCAGUCCAUACUGGUACCGAAUGCUUAAUGGUUCUGUUGGCACAUCACAAACAGACGAGAGUGUCAAGUUUCCUCCCUUCCAAGAUUUGAUGAACUACGUAUUCUACGAGUUGGCGACAGACAUCUCGGGCUCCUCUAACAACCGCGACCCGUUGAGAGCAGUUCAGCAGCUUCUCCAAAGACACUCUGCCGCUUUCAUAGAUACCAUCAAAUACUGUCGACGUGUUUUCAUGCAUGACGCUCUGUCCACCAGUACCACACAGGUCAAGCUGGAUGCUGACUGGGAGUACAAGUUCGACACUGCUAUUGAGAAUGACGAGCAGAUUCGUCAUACUGUCAAGGCACGUAUUGCUCAGGUCGCUACUGAGGGACACGACGCUGCCACACGUCUUCAACUGCUGUUGCAGGCAUUCUCCGUGAGCGUGUUGGUCACCGAGGGUAGCAAGAUCAAGGUUGAUGAUGCAGACAAGUUGUUCUUAGACUUGUGUGCUCUCAGUCCCGACUCUUUGGUGGAAACAGUAGCUCCCCAGUUUGCGGGGCUUCUCCCUUCAAUCUUCUCGAACAAGCUUACCACCAGACAAUCUGCUGCCCAUGCCUUUGGUCUACUCGCUUCCCAUCCUAAGAACCAAAGUGAGCGUCCAGGAGAAGUGUUAGAGGCUAUUCAACAGCUCUUGACCAAGACUUCAUCUUGGCAAGAGGCCGUGGGUGCUGCAGCUAACCAGGUCCAUGGUGCUGUUUCAGCCUUGGGCUUCUUCUACAGCAGAUAUGCUUUACGAGAUGGCAAUGACUUUCAGUCUUCAGCUCCAUUCGGAGAGUAUGUCUCUAAUGCCGCUGAGAUCCUGCUCAAAUCCACAGACAAAAUCUUGCAAGAAUCCAGCUAUAACGCACUCGGCGAUUUGUGUCUGUUCCAGGCAGUCAAGCCAGCUGUCUUUGAGAAGCUAGGCGGCUUCAAAGCCAUAAUUGACAAGACUGCGGAUAUCGCUAAAUCAGGUAGUGAGAGUGCAGCUCUGGCUGUCGGACAGAUGGCCACUAUUCUUGAAGAGUCAACAACCGAAACAACUUCUGACGAGAAAUCGCUUCUUGAGCAUACCUCCGAGCGUUUGCAUCAACUUCACGACAUUCGGCAGGCCGAGACACACUUCUCCGUAGGCGAAGCUCUGAGUUACGCUGCAGUCGGGUGGAGAUCAAAGGCUCUCAUCCAUCGAAUUGAUGUAGAGUCUUCGAUGCCGACUGGACCCGAACGGACCGACGCACUGCGCAAACUGCUUCACAGAACACUUGAAGACUGCAAACAGACUAAGCCCUCACUCAAAAAGGCAUCAGUUAUCUGGCUGCUCUGUUUUGUGCAAUUCUGUGGUCACCUGGAAGAAGUACAGAGUCAGCUAGCUGCUUGCCAGGUCGCUUUCAAGAAGUGUCUUUCUGAUCGUGACGAAUUGGUUCAGGAGACAGCUUCUCGCGGGCUUGGUCUUGUCUACGAGAAGGGUGACAGAAACUUGAAGGAUGACCUGGUCAGAGACCUUAUUGGAUCAUUCUCUUCUGACAACAAAGCCCAGCUAGCUGGAAGUGUCACUGCCGAGACGCAACUUUUCGAGCCUGGAGCACUUCCCACUGGUGACGGAUCUGUGACCACGUACAAAGAUAUUAUGAGUCUCGCCGCAGAGGUCGGCGACUCCAGUCUGGUCUACCGCUUCAUGUCUCUUGCAUCCAGCAAUGCCAUCUGGUCGAGCAGAGCUGCAUUUGGCAGAUUUGGCCUCAGCAAUGUCUUGUCGGAUUCUAGUGUUGACGGAUACCUUGCCAGUAACCCGAAGUUAUACCCCAAGCUCUAUCGAUACCGAUUCGAUCCCAAUCCCAACGUCCAGAGGUCUAUGACCGAUAUCUGGAACGCAUUGGUAAAAGACUCUACAGCAACGAUCGACUCCCACUUCGAUGCCAUAAUGGAUGAUCUGCUACUGAACAUUCUCGGCAAAGAAUGGCGAGUGCGUCAGGCUUCAUGCGCUGCAAUCGGCGAUCUUGUACAAGGCCGACCUCUGGACAGAUACGAGAAAUAUCUCGAGAAGAUCUGGAGUGUUUGCUUCAAGGUGCUCGAUGACAUCAAAGAAUCUGUCAGAGCUGCAGCAGCUUCGCUGGCUCGCGUAUUGACGGGCAUCCUCACAAGGUCGCUUGAGGCAGAUACCAUGGCCUCAAAGAAUGCUGCAGUAUUGCUCAAAAACGUGUUACCUUUCCUCAUGUCCACCUCUGGCAUCGAGUCUAGCGCGGAAGAAGUCCAGAGCUUCUCUUUGCAUACUUUACUCGAGAUUAUCAAAAAGGCCAGCGGCAAGAUUCUGCGACCCUUUAUUCCUGAGUUAGUUGAACGUCUGGUGGGUCUUCUGAGUAUCCUCGAACCACAAGCUGUCAACUAUCUGCAUCUCAAUGCAAGCAAGUACAACCUCACCGAACAGAAAAUUGACGACAUCCGAUUGUCAAGCAUUCGCAGCAGUCCCCUGAUGGAAGCUAUCGAACGAUGCCUGGACUUGCUCGAUGACGCUUCGAUGGAACAACUUCAACCUCGUCUCGAGGCUGCCAUGAAGGGCGCAGUAGGUCUGCCUUCGAAGGUUGGCUGUAGUCGUAUUCUGGUCUCGCUCAGUACACGCCAUAACGUUCUCUUCAAGCCUUAUGCCGAUCAAUUCCUGAGGCUCAUUGAGAGACAGGUGAUCGAUCGCAACGAAACAGUAUCCAGUUCUUACGCUGCUUCAUCAGGUUACGUCGCUCGCGGCGCAUCUGACAAGCAGAUACUCCGUCUAGCCACAUUUGCUAGAAAGCUGUACUUCGAGAGCGAAGGAGACCGCGAACAAGCAAUCCCACGCCAAAGCAUUGCGGCUGCUGAGAUCGUGCAAGCAAUCUCGAAGCAUGCUAACGACAGAUUCAACUCCCUGGCAGCCGACUUCCUUCCUUUCAUCUUCUUCGGCAAGCAUGAUUCUCAUGAUCAGGUCAAGGAGAUAUUCCGCAACACAUGGGAGGAUAAUGUCGGGGGUAGUCGUGCCAUCGCACUCUACCUGAAGGAGAUCCUGUCAAUGGCGCAGGAGCACAUGGACUCGCCACAAUGGGUGAUCAAGCAUACAGCAGCGCGAUCGGUGGCAGAUGCCACAACUGCUCUUGCCUCAAUGAGUAGUGGAUUCGACGCUACAACCAGCCAAUUGAUAUGGCCUGUUCUAGAGAAGGCGCUCAGCGGAAAGACCUGGGACGGCAAGGAGGCGGUACUCUAUGCUUUCGCCAAGUUCGUGGAAACCACCAAGCAUGUCUGGUCAGCCGAGGAUGGCGUUGCGAAAACAUUCGUGAAGAUUAUUCUACGAGAAGCUAAACGACAGAAUGUGACGUACCGUCCUCACGCUAUCAAGUGUCUAGGCCUCGUGGCCGCGAACCGGGAAGACCUUGAACUGUUCAAUGCCAUGUGCGAUGUGAUCAGGUCCGUGUUCACUGACAUAGUGGACACCGAGAACGAGGAUAGCAUGGACGUGGACAACGGUAUUGGAGCCGGCGACAAGGAUUCACGGGAGAGCACUAUUGUCAACGGCGUCGAAGCGCUGUGUAGACCCUUUGACGGUACGGAUGUGGCUUGGAAGGGAGACCAGAAGCUCGUGGAAAAGAGGUUGGACCAUGUCUUGGGCACCCUGCAGAUAUUGCAGCCGAUGCGGCCCGAGGGACACGCGAGUCUACGAAAGACGAUGGAAAAGGCCAAAGCGAGUUUGUUGACAUGUCUGCAAGGAGAGUUCGACAACGACGAUUUGGGACGCGACUUACGCCGCCGGAUUGAGGGGCUGGGGACGACGACGUAGUGGUGACAUUAUUACUAUCUACGUCUGGACGAGUAACCGAGCGCCACUGGACCUUAGUAUCGAAAGAGGUCAAUACAACUGUGAAUUGCUGCAUACCGACUAGGUUCGUGCUACCCUAACACGUGAGAAUUAGAGGAAGGGAGAGCAGGAAUUUUGGAGUCAUGCAAGCCACUUCAGCCAUGCACAACAGCAACUCCGAGGGGCUGUAGCGUAGAAGAUUGCGACCAUUGCAGCAGCAGUGUGUCGGACGUUGUCCUCAAGAAGCAGAAAAAG